AUGCCACCACCUAAAACUUCUGGCAAAAAUUUGGAAUCUGAAAAUUAUUUCAUACCCCACACUACUAUAACGUCACUUUGCAAUACACCACUCAUUGACUAUACCUUAGAACUUCUUGCAGUUGCUAGCGUGCAGGAGGCAUAUCUAUUUUGUAGAGAACACUAUGAAAUAAUAAAAGAUUAUAUCAAUACUAUUGCAACAUCUGAAGCGCGUUCAGUUGGAGAUGCACUGAGAGAACUAGAUGCGAAACAAUUAAUUAAUUCCGAUCUUAUUCUUAUAUACGGUGAUGUUGUAUCAAAUAUACAUUUAGACAAAGUAUUUUCUGAAUUGAAAUGUUUCAUUAAUUUACUAGAUGGGAAAACUAAUAAAUGCGUUCAUUGUGAAACUGUGGAGCUCUAUCCGCGUAAACGUCGCAUGAUUAUGGAUAUGGAAGUAUUCAAAAAGCAUGCUGAUGUUCAAAUACGUAAUGAUCAUAUCGAUUGUCAGAUUGAUAUUUGUUCAGUAGAGGUACCGGCUUUAUUCACCGAGAAUUUUGAUUAUCAAGAUGUUCGAAAGGAUUUUGUUUAUGGUAUUUUGACAUCUGACUUAUUGGAGAAAACCAUUUAUUGCCAUCUUGUUAAAGAUGUUUAUGCUGCAAGAGUACGAAAUUUGCAUGCAUACGAUGCCAUCAGUAAAGAUGUAUUAUCUCGAUGGACUUUUCCUAUUGUCCCAGACAGUAAUCUUCAAGAAGGUGAUAACUAUGAGUUUAUGCGUGGACAUAUUUAUAAAGAGAAAGAUGUUUUGUUAUCAAGAUCUUGUUCACUUGGUGAGAAAAUAUUGAUCGGUGCCGGUUCAGAGAUUGCUGAAAAUGUUAAGAUAACAAAUUCUGUCAUCGGUCGAAGAGUUACAAUAGGGCCAAACGUUGAAAUAGAUGGUGCUUAUAUUUGGGAUGGCGUAAAAAUCAAAUCAAAUUGUUCUGUAUUCCAGUCAAUACUGGCGAAUAAUGUUGUCCUAGAAGAGAAUGUCAUCGUCAAAAAAGGAUGUAUACUUUCUUAUGGUGUAAUUAUCGGACCUAAUGUGACAUUAGAACCACACACAAAACUCACAAAACAAAAGAAAACCGAGAUUGAUAGUGAUGAGGAAGAGUCAAACGAAAGUGUUGUAGCUUAUGACGCUACAUUAGUUGGUGAAAAUGGGCAAGGAUAUGUUUGGAGUGAUGAGAUAUCAGAUGCAGAUGAUGAUGAACUUGAUGUAAAGAAUAUUCAAGUUGCGGGGCUUGCUUACGAUAUCUCCAAUAUAUCUCUUACUGAUAGUGAUUCUCCGCCAUCAGUGAUAUACGAUUCUUCUUCAGACGAAUUAAGUGAUUCAGAUGAAUCAGCCACUGAAGAAGAAUCUUUAAAAGAAUUCUUCAAAGAAGUUUCCCAAACACUUGAACGAGCUUUUUUGGAUGGUCAUACAGUAGAGAUUGCUUUAUUGGAAUUAAAUACUUUGAGAAUGGCUUCAAAUACAACGUUUCAUGAUUUACGUGUUAGUGUAAUACCUACGAUAUUAGGGCAAAUUAAUAUUGACAAUUUUUUAACUAGUACAGAAGAUGGCCAUUGUGCGAAAACACAGCAUCAUUCCAAACUUUUCGCUCCGACAAUAAAAAAGCUAUAUUUUUUGGAUGUAUUGGAUGAGGAUGCAAUUCUGGAAUGGAAUUCGUCUGAUCUUGCUGACGAUGAUCCUUCAAAAUCUAACAUAAAAAAGCGGGUGGCACCAUUUAUAAAAUGGUUAGAAGAAGCUGAAGUCGAAGAUUCUGAUGAUGACGAUUAA